AUGAGUUCUACAAUUGAUGCUGACACAAAGUUGUCUAAGACCAACAAUAUGCCUCAAUUUUAUUCAGCUGAAGACCUGAAUAAUAUUAUUGAAAAUCUCAGACAGCUGAGAGGAUCAACCAGAUCAAAGGCUUCUACAGACAGUGAUCUAGCGUCUAGAAGCCAUUUGAGUGCAAUACGUAAUCACCACCAAAGGAAACAACGAGGACGACAACGGUGCAACAGCAUCGAUAAGGCAAUCCCCUACAACUAUAUUGGAUUAUUUUCGGCUGGUUUUCACCGGUAUAGUACCAUAGUCUCAUCGGGUUCGCAUUGUGGAAGCAGCGAGGGUAACAACAUCGGCAGAAGCACAGAAGUAAACAAAAAAAAUUCAGUUUUAUGUUCCACUGAAAAAAGAAAGUUUUUGAUCGGUAACAGCGAUAGUAAAGCCCUUAAUCAAACUGAGCAACGAUCACGUCUACUACUACCACCACCACCACCUUCGCUACCUCCACCAUCACCUCCAUCAUCGUCACCUCCAUCACCACGAUCACUACCCCCACCUCGAGCGCCACCUCCUCCUCCACCAUUAAGGCAUAUACUUGAAAAACGUUCUCUGUGUGUUAGCAGUCGUAAAAAAGUACCGAUUAUCUUUAAUAAAAACUCAACUUUCUGCAAUCUUAAGACAACUAAGCCUCUAGAAAGCCGUAAGUCUCAUCAGUCUGAUAAUUUCACUUCAAAUUCACUGCUGUCUUUGCCUGCCUCUCCUGCCCUUCAUCAAUCAAGUGGAAAAUUUUGUGCAAAAUUUGAAGCUAAAUUUGGUCCAGAAUCAAGCGGUGUCACAAAUCCAGAACCAGAACCAGAUGCUGUUUGCGAUUUGUCGGUUGACAAUGACGACUGCGACUCUGUAGCAGCUGAAGUAUCUGCUCCAUAUACAAAAUCCGCAAAACGUCAUUCUCUGUCGCUGGAGAACUGUUCGGUAAAAAGUUUUUCAAUUUCUGGUGCAAGGAAAAAUCAGUUGAAGUACUUGGAGCGCUGCAGUUCGUGUCCGCCAGAGGAGAUUUCAGAUAGCAGAAAAAAAUUAGAAAAAUAUUUUAAUAUUAAUAUUCUGGAAAAAACUGUAAAAAAUCGAAAAACCAAACGAUUUUGGCGGUCUUUAAACGUACUUUUCAAGUCAGAUAAAAGCAAAAGUUUACAUUUUCGAGAAAUAACUUUACAACCAUCUCAAACUUCGCUGAAUUCCGUAAUGACGUCAUCGGAAUUCGGAUCUCUUUCUCUGCAACAAAUUGGUCAUCCACCUGAUCGCAAUCAUAGCUUUGAACAACUUCCGGAAUUUACGGAUUCAGCGAACAACGUUUAUGCUGAAUUACCUUGUCAAGGUAGACAGCGUAGCAAACGUUCAAAACAUUCUAAAAAAGAUAUGUUGAAUUUUUUUACGACUGAAACUCGGAACCUAAAAAUUGACGAGGGUUUCCUGGUGAAAGCCUCAAGUAAAGGCCGUUUAAAUAAGCUUACCAAAUGCGAUAAAUUACAACAUUUACCACCAAAAUGUUCCUCAGCGAAGAUUCAUCAUAAACGUUCAAUUUCACGCUCUUAUGAUCAGCUGGCCGAACUAGCAAUAUCUACGUUGGCAAGCCAUAGCAGUUCACGUAAACAACAGGCAUUCAGCCAGAUGCUUCGCAGUAAUACAGAUGCACAUCUAAAUCAUGUGCCAUAUAACACACCAGUAUUCUGGACGCCGCGACCAAUUCGUUCCCGAGGUACCGGAGCUGUGGAACGUCGUUUACGACGUGGAACAACCACUUUGUUCAAUGGAUCUUUGUGUUCGACUGGACCAUUAAGUACUCCAAUCAAUGAAAUGGAUAACGGUAUUUUUGUUUUUUCAAUUAAUUUUUUGAGUUUUUUUUGA